AUGGAAAGAAUGAUUCCAAGAACUAGUAUCGACGAAGCAAACCGACAUUUGCAGCAGUUACACAAACGUGUUCACGAUCUGGAAAUCACUGUUCAAGAUCAGCGCGAAGCUUUGAUAAACAAGGAUAAGCAGCUUCAUCAUCGACUUACAGAAAUUUCUUCAGUUAAAGAAAAAGAAAUUGAGGGACUAGCGAAUAAACUUUUGGCGUCAGAACGUACGGUUUCUGUGUUGCAAGAAGAACUUGAACGUAAAAAUCAACAGAUCUUAGGCUUGCAGCAUAGUCACUCAAGACUGCGACGUCUGCUUAACUUCAAAGACGACAUUAAAGAUUUGCUCAAGACAAUGGAAGACGCGGAGGAAAAUUUAGUGAUGGAUGAGGGUGAUACUGAUGGUCUUCUUUCUUUUUAUCAGCGUUCACGUGAGGCAGGAGGUAAUUACAGUGGUAACCUAAGUGGGAAAAAGAUUCGAAAGAAAAGAAUGUUACGCAAUGAAAACACAAUUCCACUUGACACCAAUGGGACUCAAAGUGACAUGGAAAUACCUCCACCUCUUGGAGGAAAGGAAUUCUAUUUGUGA